AUGACUUUUGUGGCGAUAGUUUCAAUGUGCUGUGCACAUAUUGGUGGUGGGAUUUCUUACCAGGACCUAAACCCUCAGGUCUACUGUGGCAGAACCUUGGCAAGGGCUUUAGCUCUCCUUUGCUUUGAUGAGGGUGGUUAUGAUAAACGAUCCGAAAUCCGUGAACAAAAGGGAACCAUGUUUGGACCAUUAUUAUUGCCAUACCACUUGAAAGAUCAAGAGCCUCAACUGGAAUUACCCUGGGUGUCUACCAAUAAGGCAAGAAGCAUGUCGCUCCCGUCUCGAGGAAAACGUUACCCGGGCGUCGUCAAUGAAUGUUGUGACAAGCCUUGCAGCAUUAACGAACUACUCACCUAUUGCUAG